AUGAACCCCCCACUGGACGCGAUUGCCGUUUGUGGCCCAUCAGGCGUAGGGAAGGGGGCGCUUCUUGGUCGCCUGCUUAGGGAUUUUCCGGAUCGUUUUGGCUACUCCGUCUCGCACACGACAAGGGCUCCGCGCGAAGGUGAAGAAAAUGGACGCGAAUACCACUUUUCUGAUCGAGCCACAGUAGAAAAAAUGCGGGACGAAGACGGGUUUAUUGAAGUGUGUGAGGUUCACGGGAAUUUGUAUGGCACCAGCGUGAGAGCUGUGGCUGAAGUGCGGAGUACUGGAAAAGUCUGCAUCCUUGAGGUGGAUAUCAAAGGAGCCCAAAAGAUACGCGAGAAGACGGGGUUGCUGAAUGCAUUAUACAUUUUUGUGACGCCCCCCUCGAUGGAAGAUCUGCGCGAACGCAUUCGGAAGCGAGGGGCGGAAAACGAAGAGGUUCUCCAACAUCGACUCCGUACUGCCGAAGAGGAGCUGCGGUUUGUUGAGGAAAACCCUACCUUUUUUUCUCAUAUUAUUCUUAACAAGGACCUUGACGCAGCGUACGAGGAGCUGCUGCGUGUUCUUAACGAGGCAUUUUUGAGGUGUAACAUGUCCAAACUGGAGCUGAAUUCCGAGUAA